CGCCCGCGCCCAGCUCGCGCCUGCGCUCGUGCCCGUGCCCGCGCGCGCUCCAGUGUGGAACAGCCUGGGCAGCGCCCCUGCGGAUCGUCUCCAGCGCCAGCGGGCGGAUGCGGGGCGCCGGGCUGAGGGGAGCGACGUAGCCGCAACCAGGGUUCAGCCCGGCCGCACCCCCGGCCCCGGCUCCGACCCCGCCCGGCGAGAGCCGGCCACCCGUCCUUCUGCGGGGCCAUGGCCGAGCGCGGGUGCCCGCUGGAGGCGGUGCCCCUGCCCGCUGAGGUGCGGGAGAGCCUGGCCGAGCUGGAGCUGGAGCUGUCGGAAGGUGACAUCACUCAAAAGGGAUAUGAAAAGAAGAGGGCAAAGCUGCUUGCACGUUAUGCACCACUCAUUCAAGGAGCAGACCCAUCCCUCCAAGCAGAGAGCAGACUCCCUGGGCCCGCACCCUCCACGGCGCCCACCCUCAGACCGCAGAAGCCACGGCCCAGCAAUACACGGGAUGAGCGCUUCAGGUCAGAUGUUCACACGGAGGCUGUGCAGGCAGCGCUGGCCAAAUACAGAGAGAGGAAGAUGCCGAUGCCGUCCAAGAGGCGCUCUGCCCUGGCGCCUGCGUCCGCAGAGGCCUACACCCCCCCAGACACGUCGUCUGCCUCAGAAGACGAGGGCUCUUUACGGCGACCCGUGCGACUCGCCUCCACCCCGCUGCAGAGCCAUCCCAGCGUCCAGCCCUGGCUCGGCCAGGCCGGUCAGGGCUCGUCCACCUCCUCCUCCGCAUCUUCCACCUCAUCUCACCCGGGAGGGAGCCCCGCCGCCGCGCUCGCAGGCCCCGCGGCCCUCGCGCACAUAGCAGAUCUGCACGCUGACCCUCCCGAUGUCACCACGGGCCUUGGGCAGCCCCGGCACGCCUACCGUGAGCGUCCACAGCCAGCCUCCGGGAGAGGAGCCCCUCGAGCGGGCAGUGGGAGCGUCCUGGAGACCGCAGGCGGCGUCCCCGUGAACAGCAGAGUGUCCUCCAAGAUCCAGCAGCUUCUGAACACCCUGAAGAGGCCCAAGCGCCCUCCGCUGAAGGAGUUCUUCGUGGAUGACUUUGAGGAGCUGCUGGAAGUGCAGCAACCAGAUCCAAAUCAGCCAAAGCCUGAGGGCAGCCAGAUGGCAGUGCUGAAGGGGGAGCCCCUGGCCGCGAGCACUGCCUGGCCGCCGUCUCUGCUGGCCGCCUUGCGUCAGUGGGGCACCACGCAGCCCAGAGCCCCGUGCCUGACUGCCCUGGACACUGCUGGGAAGGCCACCUGCACCCUCACCUACGGUAAACUUUGGAGUCGGAGUUUGAAACUAGCUUAUACUCUACUGAAUAAACUGACUAGUAAGAAUGAGCGGCUGCUUAAACCUGGAGACAGAGUGGCGCUGGUGUUUCCGAAUAGCGACCCUGUGAUGUUCACAGUCGCGUUCUAUGGCUGUCUCCUGGCGGAGCUGGUUCCUGUCCCCAUAGAAGUGCCGCUAACAAGAAAGGACGCUGGCAGCCAGCAGAUUGGGUUUCUGCUGGGCAGCUGUGGCGUCGCCCUGGCCCUGACCACGGACGCUUGUCAGAAAGGCCUACCCAAGGCCCAGACCGGGGAAGUGGCGACCUUCAAAGGUUGGCCCCCCCUCACUUGGCUGGUGAUCGACGGGAAGCACCUGACUAAGCCCCCCAAAGACUGGCACCCAUCAGCGCAGGACGUGGGGGCCGGGACCGCCUACAUCGAGUAUAAAACCAGCAAAGAGGGCAGCACGGUGGGGGUUGCUGUGUCCCACGCAUCCCUGCUGGCUCAGUGCCAGGCUCUGACCCAGGCGUGCGGCUACGCGGAAGCUGAAACAUUAACGAAUGUGCUGGAUUUCAAAAGGGACGCUGGCCUGUGGCACGGAGUGUUGACAAGCGUCAUGAACAGGAUGCACGUGGUCAGCGUCCCGUACGCGCUGAUGAAGGUGAACCCGCUGUCCUGGAUUCAGAAAGUGUGCGCCUACAAAGCCCGGGCCGCGCUGGUGAAGUCCCGCGACAUGCACUGGUCUCUCCUGGCUCAGCGAGGGCAGCGGGACGUCAGCCUCAGCUCCCUGCGCAUGCUGAUCGUGGCCGACGGAGCCAACCCCUGGUCCAUCUCCUCCUGCGACGCGUUCCUCGAUGUCUUCCGGUCCCGAGGGCUCAGGCCGGAGGUCGUCUGUCCUUGCGCCACGUGCCCGGAGGCGCUCACCGUGGCUAUCCGCAGGCCGCCUGACCUGGGAGGCCCCCCUCCAAGAAGAGCUGUGCUGUCGAUGGGCGGCCUCAGCCACGGGGUGAUCAGAGUGGACGCGGAAGAGAAGCUCUCGGUCCUCACGGUUCAGGACGUCGGCCAGGUGAUGCCGGGAGCUAGCGUGUGUGUUGUGAAGGUGGAAGGGACCCCUUAUCUCUGUAAAACGGACGAGGUGGGAGAGAUCUGCGUCGACUCUAGCACAGCCGCCGCGGCGUACUACGGCCUGCUCGGCAUCACCAAGAGCGUCUUUGAGACGGUCCCGGUCACUGUGGCGGGGGCGCCCGUCUCCGACAGGCCUUUCACCAGGACGGGGCUGCUGGGCUUCAUCGGGCCGGACGACCUGGUGUUCGUCGUGGGCAAACUGGACGGGCUGAUGGUGGUGGGAGCCCGCAGACACAAUGCAGACGACAUUGUGGCCACCGCGCUGGCCGUGGAGCCCAUGAAGUUUGUCUACAGAGGCAGGAUCGCAGUCUUCUCGGUGACGGUGCUGCGUGAUGACCGGAUCGUGUUGGUGGCCGAGCAGCGGCCCGAUGCCUCGGAGGAGGACAGCUUCCAGUGGAUGAGCCGCGUGCUGCAGGCCAUCGACAGCAUCCACCAGGUGGGCGUGUACUGUCUGGCCCUGGUUCCCGCCAACACCUUGCCCAAGGCUCCUCUUGGAGGGAUUCACAUUUCUGAAACCAAGCAGCGCUUUCUGGAGGGAGUGCUGCACCCGUGUAACGUGCUGAUGUGCCCUCACACGUGUGUCACCAACCUUCCCAAACCUCGCCAGAAGCAACCGGAGGUUGGACCAGCCUCCAUGAUUGUGGGGAAUCUGGUUGCUGGGAAGAGAAUCGCUCAGGCCUCGGGGAGGGAGCUGACUCACCUGGAGGACAGCGACCAGGCGAGGAAGUUCCUGUUCCUGCCUGAUGUGCUGCAGUGGCGGGCCCACACCACCCCCGAGCAUCCGCUGUUCCUGCUGCUCAACGCCAAGGGCACAGUCACAAGCACUGCAACCUGCGUCCAGCUGCACAAAAGGGCAGAGAGAGUGGCUGCAGCUCUGACGGAGAAGGCGAGGCUGAGCGCUGGGGCCCACGUGGCGCUGGUCUACCCCCCAGGGCUGGAGCUCAUCGCCGCCUUCUACGGCUGCCUGUACUGCGGCUGCGUGCCUGUCACCGUGCGGCCCCCCCACCCCCAGAACCUCGCCACCACACUCCCCACCGUCAAGAUGAUUGUGGAGGUCAGCACGUCCGCGUGCGUCCUCACCACGCAGGCCAUCAUGCGGCUGCUCAGGUCCAAGGAAGCGGCGGCCACUGUGGACGUCAGGACCUGGCCGACCAUUCUAGACACGGAUGACAUACCCAAGAAGAAGCUGGGCAGCAUUUUCAGGCCCCCGUCCCCCGAUGUGCUCGCGUACCUGGACUUCAGCGUGUCAACGACGGGGAUACUGGCGGGUGUGAAGAUGUCACACGCGGCCACGAGUGCCUUGUGCCGCUCCAUAAAGCUGCAGUGUGAACUCUACCCCUCGAGGCAGGUCGCCAUCUGCCUCGACCCCUACUGUGGCCUCGGCUUCGCCCUGUGGUGUCUGUGCAGCGUCUACUCGGGGCAUCAGUCGGUGCUGGUGCCCCCGCCCGAGCUGGAGAGCAACGUGUCCCUGUGGCUGUGGGCCGUCAGCCAGUACAAGGCCCGCGUCACCUUCUGCUCCUAUUCCGUGAUGGAGAUGUGUGCCAGGGGCCUGGGUGCGCAGACGGCCGUGCUCAGGACGAAGGGCGUGAACCUGUCGUGCGUGCGCACCUGCAUGGUGGUGGCCGAGGAGCGACCCCGGAUCGCGCUCACGCAGUCUUUCUCCAAGCUGUUCAGGGACCUGGGCCUGCCCGCGCGUGCCGUGAGCACCACGUUCGGCUGCAGGGUCAACGUGGCCAUCUGCCUCCAGGGCACGGCCGGCCCGGACCCCACGACCGUCUAUGUGGACACGAGGGCACUGCGCCAUGACAGGGUACGUUUGGUGGAACGGGGCUCUCCGCACAGUCUGCCGCUGACAGAGUCUGGAAAGAUCCUCCCUGGGGUAAAGGUCAUCAUCGCCCACACGGAGACCAAAGGGCCCCUGGGAGACUCACACCUGGGAGAGAUCUGGGUGAGCAGCCCCCACAACGCCACCGGGUACUACACGGUCUACGGGGAGGAGGGGCUCCAAGCCGAUCACUUCAGCGCCCGGCUGAGCUUCGGAGACACCCAGACCGUCUGGGCGCGGACGGGCUUCCUGGGCUUCCUUCGGAGGACGGAGCUCACCGACGCCAGUGGAGAGCGACACGACGCGCUGUACGUGGUGGGGUCUCUGGACGAGACGCUGGAGCUGCGGGGCAUGCGCUACCACCCCAUCGACAUCGAGGCGUCGGUGAUCCGCGCUCACAGGAGCGUCGCUGAGUGCGCCGUGUUCACCUGGACCAACCUGCUGGUGGUGGUGGUGGAGCUGGACGGGCUGGAGCAGGACGCCCUGGACCUGGUGGCCCUGGUGACCAACGUGGUGCUGGAGGAGCACCACCUGGUGGUGGGCGUGGUGGUCAUCGUGGACCCGGGCGUCAUCCCCAUCAACUCCCGGGGCGAGAAGCAGCGCAUGCACCUGCGCGACGGCUUCCUGGCCGACCAGCUGGACCCCAUCUACGUGGCCUACAACAUGUGAGCGCGGGGCCAGCCGCGGAAGGCGCAGUGGCGUCUGCAGCCGCUGGCGCCGGCUGUCCUCCGCGGACAGGUCCAUCUCAUCUCAGAAACCCCUCCCUCAAGCAUUUGAAGAACUCUUUCCAUCCGCAGGCACAUUUACGAAGACAUGACUGUCAGGGUUUUCGCCACUGGGGUGAUGGGGAGGGAAGCUGGGCGUGGGCGCUGUAGGAGCUGCAGGCGUGGUUCUCUGCUGUGUUCUGAGUUUGCACUUUUUUAGGCUAAAAACAUAAAAAUUGAUUUUAAAAUUCAGUUAUUUAUUCCCACUUCAAAUGACAAGUUCAUAGAUAGAAUUGAUGCUAGAAAGAACUUGGCCCAAGUACAGCUGCUUCAGUUCCAUUUCAGAAGGAGGGGCAGCGCCCAGAGCCUGGUGGACGGGGAGUGAGUCCUUGGGCCCCAGACUGGGCUGGACACACACACGUGGCCUCUCUUGAAACAGGUGUGCCCAGUUGUCCGCACAUGUUGUCACUAACACUCAGCAGAGGCCGUGUGGGCUGUCAGGUGAGGGGCUCGGUUUCACAAGGACGAACCAGCACUGAGUUUUAAACUACUUUCUGGGUUUCUGCCUUCUUGCUGUCCACUGAAGUGCUUGUUUUCAUAACCACUGUAGAAGCUCUUGUGCGUGGAAGUGUAUUGAAUUGCUAUUUUUACUGCAAGUCAACGAUGUGGAACCACCACUGGGCUGAGGUUCCUGCCCUCUGCGCUGUCUGCUGAGCCCCCGGCAGUGCGCCGAGGGGCCAGAGAGCCUGCCCACAGCCUGCCCUGCGGCCGCAUCUUGAGUUCUGUGCCGAUGAAACUUGGCCAAAUCAUAUUCAGUUAUUUUAUUCAAACGUGACUAAACUGAGUCGUCUGAUCGAGUAAACCUAAGUCAAAGACGCGAACACAAAGUAUUCUAAGAAUUUGAAGGGAUGCUCGCGUCUAAGAGAGAGUGCUUUUAUUUUGCUGGGAAACAGGAUGUUAUGUUGGGGACGGAGGAUGGGAGGGUUUGUGAGUCGUGGAUGCUUCCUAGAAACAGCCAGGGUGCCCUGGAAGGAGCCUGGCAGUGGCCUGGCUCUGUGCCUGGUGGAGCUGUUAUCAGGGCUCCGCCAUUUGAAAUGCUCCACCAAAGGGCCUGGCUAGCCGGGCUCAGGCCCGGGGGACUCUCCUUCAGCUGCACGUCGCUUGUGCUCAGCAGCUGUCGCCUGUGGGGCCGGCCUGCGGUGUGGCUUGUGGCAGCAUCCUGGAAUUCGAUGAUCCUUUUGUAACUGUGUACAUAACCUGUGUAACUUAUUGUCCGACACAGAGGUUCUCGCAGUGGCCCAAUGGCCGCUCCACGGAACAGAGUGGCCGCCGGGGCAAAGAACUACCCGACCCUGACCCUGACCUUAAUGUUGGAGUUUUAUAGCAAACAAAUAUUGUCAAAUUUUUGUAUCGAAAGGUCAGUGACAGUAAGACAAGUAUCUUGUAAACUAAGAUUUUAAGAAGCAUUAAAAUUUUAAAGCUACUCUCUAGGAAUUCUGUUUAUCACUAAAAUUUUUUAUAUCAUGUUAAUAAAAGUUAUUGACUUUGUAA